CCCCCAAUAUAAAAUCAUAACCUGAAAUUGCGUGAGCCGCUAUAGUUACGAUUCCCUCCACCCUAGAUUCUCAUAAUUGUGUUUCCCCUCUGCAAAGGCUUUAUUCUUCAUUCGCUUCGUUGAAUUUCUAUCUUCUUUUGAUCUGAACGGAGUUUGGUAAUCCAGUUUUCGUCUUCUGUUGAUUCAGGAAAUCUUAGUUUUUGAAUUGCGUGACUGAAUGAUCUAAUGGAGUCUAAAGGUGGGAAAAAGAAGUCCAGUAGUAGUAAGUCUUUAUUCUACGAAGCUCCUCUCGGUUACAGCAUUGAAGACGUUCGACCAAACGGUGGAAUCAAGAAGUUCAGAUCUGCUGCUUACUCCAACUGCGCUCGCAAGCCAUCCUGAUAUACUCACAAGCGUGCCGUCUGACCACUAGUAGUGGUUAAUAAAACUGUUAUUUGCUUUGUUAGUUAGUUUUAGAUUAUUUCCCCGACCAACUUCUUCCUCUUCUCUCUUCGUGGCUGGUUUCUUUACAUUGCGUUCUCCUGAUUUGGCGACUUUGUAAUUCGGAUAAAGUUUGCAGUCCUUGGUUGAAUCACAAUGGCAGUGUCUGCAAUUGGAUUUGAGGGUUAUGAAAAAAGGCUUGAAAUUUCCUUUUUUGAGCCUGGCAUCUUUGCUGAUCCUGAAGGAAAGGGUCUUCGGGCACUUACCAGAGCCCAGUUGGAUCAGAUUCUAGGUCCAGCUGAAUGCACCAUUGUUUCUUCAUUAUCUAACAAGCAAGUGGACUCCUAUGUCCUUUCUGAGUCUAGCCUCUUUGUCUAUCCAUACAAGAUUAUAAUCAAAACCUGUGGGACAACUAAGUUGCUUCUUGCUAUCCCACCCAUCUUGAAAUUGGCUGGCAGUCUAUCCCUUGCUGUAAAAUCUGUUAGGUAUACUCGUGGGAGUUUUAUUUUCCCUGGUGCUCAGCCAUUUCCUCACCGAAACUUCUCUGAAGAGGUUGCUGUUCUUGAUAACUAUUUCGGAAAGCUUGGCGCUGGUAGCAAGGCUUGUGUAAUGGGUGGGCUGGAUAAACAGAAAUGGCAUGUGUACUCUGCAUCUGCAGAACCUGUGACCACCACUGGCCCGGUUUACACUCUAGAAAUGUGCUUGACUGGUUUGGACAGGGAUAAGGCGUCGGUUUUCUACAAAGACCAAUCAGGCUCCGCAGCUGUGAUGACCAUUAAUUCUGGCAUAAGGAAGAUCCUUCCAGAGUCUGGGAUAUGUGAUUUUGAGUUUGAACCCUGUGGUUACUCGAUGAAUGCGAUUGAAGGUGCUGCAAUUUCUACUAUUCAUGUUACCCCAGAAGAUGGGUUUAGCUAUGCAAGCUUUGAAGCUGUGGGAUAUGAUCUGAAAGAAAAGAAUCUGAAGCAGUUGGUCGGGAGGGUGUUGCAAUGCUUCAAACCGAGUGACUUUUCUGUAGCAGUUCACGUUGAUUUUGGUGGUGAUCAGUCACUUGAGCAGAGCUGCCUGCUGGAUGUAAAAGGAUACUGUUGCGGAGAGAUGGGCAUUGAAGGGCUUGGAAGUGGAGGUUCCAUGAUGUACCAGAAAUUUAGCAGCACUGGUGGCUGUGGAUCACCAAGAUCAACUCUGAAAUGCUGCUGGAAAGAGGAAGAAGAGGAAGAAGAGUAGUUGAAAAUAUCUUUUAUGGUUUUAUGUUUUUGUUUUCUAUUAUAAAUAAAUUGCUCCUCCUGGUUAGGAUGCAUGGCGUUUGGGUAUUUUAUCUUUUAAUUCGUGUCAUUAUGACUUGGUAUGAAAUAGUUUUAUUAUAUAUAAGCUGGAUCUCUUUUAUAUCUUAAA